AUGAAGAGCCGUCAACUGCCGUCAGACGAACCCUCCGUGCGCCUGAAGGCACGGGGUCGCGUCAGUGAACAAACCUCCGGGCCGAGCCCGGCGUUAAAUAAUACUACUACUACUACUACUACUACUCCUCUCUCAUUCUGCCCAGGAUCAUCCUUGAACGAGGAUCAGAACGGCUUUGGCAAGUUGCUCCACGAAGAAUACAUGCUUAUCAUGUGCUUCUUCCCGCGUUGCAUAUUUGCGGAUGGCGUAUUUCUUGUCUCUGUUGACCCUUUGGAUAGUCAGCUGGCGGGCGGCAAAGACCUUUGCCGCUCGGUUCAUGGUCGUGUGGUGGAAAAAGAAGAAGAAGUCGGGCGCAAUACCAACCUGAUUCCACUUGCACCUGAUCAAGAAGGCCAGCUGAGGAAUGGCACGCGUGGUUUUGAAUUUCCACUCGUUUUCCCUGAACUCAAGAUGUCCAUGGCCAAUCUCAAGUCUAAUUCCUUCUCCUGCAAGCCAGUCGAGGAAGUCUUUGGUGGCCGCCUUCUCAAUGGACCUCAGACUCCUUUUUGACAGUCUUGUUAGCUGCAGAUCGUGGUCCUGUAUUAUAGGCCCUAAGAUCUGGUGUUGAUAGAACCCGUUCGUGCUAUCAGUGCAAAAGCC